CAGGAAGGAUCAGCAUGAAAAUAACAUCUUUUAGGUAAUAUAAGGGGAAUUAUUCUCCCUCUGACCAUGACUGGUCAUAACUUAUAUACGCCGCAUCCUUUCUUCCUCAGUCUGCCGUUUUCUAGCUCUCGGGACACUUGGGAGACACGGUAUAAGGUUGACCGCAUCGAUAGCAAAACAGCCGCCAUUCCACGGCAGCGCAAUCUCGAAAACCGUGAUUCUAGGCUCCGCGCAUCUGACGCGCAGAUUGUUCUGCUGACCAUACAUUGCGGGUCCUCUGCAACCGAAGCUCCGUUCCACGUCAACGCACUCCUCCAACUUACCCAGCUAUUCCAUACCUUAGCCCCCUUUUCACCAAUUUUACCACUUGCCGUUCCGCAUUGGCUUCUUUAGGCGUGAGGCGAGUUGCUGCAUUGAGUGAAUAUAGUCGUUUACGGUUUAAGCCACUGCUGCAGGACCUAGUGUAUCUUUUCGUGCUCCGUCUGAUGACUCCGGAACCGAUCCAUUAGAGCCCGGCGCAGCUGUA